AUGGCGGACAAUCUCUGCGGUCCUUCGACCGCUCCCAAAUCACUAUCCCGUCACUUUGAAAAGGACCGUUCUCUACAGCAAGACCGAUUCGCUUCUUCUGCCGGACCCUCUAGUGGCCUUCACGAUGCGACGCAGCGCUUCCGCAGCCUUAACUUAGGCGACAACAGAUUCACGUCGGAUUUCUCAAGAUUCCAAAAUGCAUCCCUUCUUGAUAACACCUCAGACAUUGGAAAUUGGAACCACAAUCACCAAGUAGUCCCUUACCCAACCUAUGCCAACGAUGAAGCCUUCUCGCCUGUCAAUCCUUCAACGCGUCCCAGAGUUGCCACCGAGCGCUUCAAUACCUCCUCUCGAACUGGUGCUGCCGUUCCCGCCUUUCCCACCUUUCCCACCUUUCCCACUAUACCCAUCAUGUCUACUCCUGUAGGCCCUUCCACGGCGACUCAUUUCCCACCCCUCGUCCCUGUAGAUCUCAGAGACUGGGCCAACGAGUUCAGGCUGAGGAUGGACCAUCACGAGUUCAACCAGAUGACAAGCUUCAGUCCUCCCGCACAGGCAUUCAGACCACCUAUGAAUGCCUAUGGCGAAAGCAUGUUGCGGCAGCAUAUGGGCAUCCUCCGUGACCAGGUCUCCGGCCCCAAAGACGAUCUCGACUUCGAUGCCGCGCUAUGUGCCUGGGCAGCCGCCAACAGUCCCGAGACGCAAGCUGAAGCUAACGCGUGGCUUCGUGUCGAGGAUGUCUGUGUAGACAGUCAUGUUCGCGACACGCAGGCCACUACACAGUCGGCUGAUUCUCAUCAACCUACCUUGGCGGAUCUAACUACCUUCGAGCAAGAGAUCGUCCUAGCAGCCGAGCACCCCUGGACCAAUAUGACAGAAUCAACAACUGAGAAGGAGGACCCGGUCCAGUCUCAAGGCAAAGAGGACUCGGAAUUGGCUAUGGCCGCGCAGCAGAUCCUAGAUUCUGUCUCGGGGAACAAGUCUGAUAAGUUCAAGAACUCUGGCUUCAUUCAGAUGAUGCAGAGGAUUGCAGCGCAGGAGCUGGUCGUUCGGGAUAACAACUUGGUUGAAUCUCUCCAGAAUACUAACUAA